UCGAGCAAGUUCGUAGGACCUGGGAGAGCGAGAGGUUGGCGCAGUUUUGGCGUUGGUGAUUUGAAUGAAGAGGGAAGACGCCGUGUAAACAUCCUGGACCCCGGCGAUGGACAACAGCAGCGUGGAGGAGACGGCCGCCGCCCUGGUCAGGGAAUAUCUGAGCCGCAAGGGUUUAAAGAAGACGAUCUCUGCCAUGGACCAGGAGCUUCCACGCUCAGAGGGCAGCAUUAACACGCGAAAUGAGCUCAAGAAAGUACUGCACCUCGACUCUCUAUACAAACAGAACAAGGCUCAAGUGGUGCCACUAAAGACAAUGCUUGAAAUAAUCACCAAAUACUUCUUGGAUUCUUCUGAAAACACAAAGAAUUUAGCGCGGGACAAUUUUCGAACGCCAGCUAUAGUAAAUCAGCGAGCCCCAGCCGUACGCUUUGACAGUACCUUAGUCAACAUCUACGACAUCUCUGAUGAAGAGAAAGGGGGGACCGUACCAUUUCAUGAUCUGAAUAAAAUGGAGGCUUGCAGGUUCUCAAAUGAUUCAACCAAUUUGUCCUGUAUGUCCGUGACCCCUUGCAAGACCUUACAAAGUUCACUGAAGAAGAAAGAUCGAUCUCCAGGUGGUAAUGGAUGCCCUUCAGGUGGUGAACCAGGGCUGCUUCCUGUGAACGUCCUAUCGCAAGAUUCUUCCAGGGUUAACAUGUUUCCCAUUGAGGGUAGAGGAACAAAUAUGGAGCAGAGAUCAAGGUCAUGUCGCAUAGUUCGUGGCAUGAUGCCUGCCCCAGUCCGUACUGUACAGGAGGACCCCUCCAAAAAGCGCCUAAGCAAACGAGGCUCGGGAUCCAACCUGACCCUGCACGUGAUUGAGAGCGACGUUGACAGCGGCACCUGCUUGAAGGGCUACACACGGCAGGCAAGCAGCUCGUGCGAGUGCAUUGCUGGGUCUGACUGGCUGCCCGCUACCGGCACCCUGGUGGAUCACGUGGCAGAAGGCCCGUCUUCUCAGGACUACCCACAGAUGAAGCCCCCGGGCUACUAUCCUGGCGGCCGCUGCAGUCAGAAGCCGCAGGAUUUCCGAUGGUACCACGAGCCAGUUGAUGACCUCGGCAUUGAAAGGUUACCAGAACGGGCAAGAUGCCAGACCCCAAGUGGUCUGGAGAUGAAGCAUCCCCCGAACCUGAAUGCCAACGUGCCUGAAAGGAGCAGGAAGGUGAAGUUUGCACCAGAAUGCAUGAACAUUGAGCACAAGGCUAGAGACAGUGAUGCUCCGAGUAUUGAGGACCUACAUGCCAGAAUGUCUUCAAUGUGUUCUGAAAAUCAGCUGGAGGAGCGGCUGCAGUUAGCUGACAUUGAUGAUGAUGACUUCGAUGAAGUUGAUGAAAUUCCAACUAUUAGUUCGCUUCGUAAGCAUCACAUCGAUUCAAAACCCAUAGACCAGGCUCUUGCAGUACAGCUGAAAAACCUUCUGUUUGGCUCCAGUUUCUGCUGCUUUGCCGAGGAAUGGAAGAUACAGAGUUUCACUUUCAAUGAUCUACCUGAAUUAAAAUAUGGAAUCGUUCAGAAGAAGGGUGGUCCAUGUGGGGUUUUGGCUGCCGUUCAAGCCUGUGUUUUGCAAAAGUUGAUCUUUGAAGACGUCGUCAGUGGUAGCACUGAAAGCAUCCUCCCUCUGCCCCACAGGGAGCUACGGCCCACCAAUGGGCAGCGAUCACAGAGUCUCGCCUUGGCCAUUGCAGACAUAUUGUGGCGUGCAGGUGAAAGGAGAAGAGCCGUGGUUGCACUGUCAACAGGAAGACAGCAGUUUAUCCCAACAGGAAAAUAUAAAGCUGAUGGGACUGUAGAAACGAUUAUAUUGAAUACACUGACAAACUUCAAAGAUCUGACCACUUUCCUUCAACAAAAUGUUGGCCAGUUUGAGAUUGGACCAUUUGGCUGCAUUCUUCUGACACUGUCUGCUAUUUUAUCCAGAUCCAUUGAAUUAGUAAAAUCUGACUUUGAUGUCCCCACCAGUACAUUGAUCGGAGCUCACGGCUACUGUACACAGGAGCUUGUAAAUCUGCUGUUGACUGGUAAAGCUGUCUCCAAUGUUUUCAAUGAUGUUGUAGAGUUGGAUUCUGGCAACGGCAACAUCACGGUCCUCAAAGGAAUUUCUGGGCGCAGUGACAUUGGCCUGCUGUCACUCUUUGAGCACUAUAGCAUCUGUAAGGUUGGAUCCUUCUUGAAGACACCAAAGUUUCCUAUCUGGGUGGUGUGCAGCGAGAGCCACUUCAGCGUCUUGUUCUGCCUAAAGAAGGAGCUGCUGAGCGACUGGAAAUCUGAGAGGAGAUUCGACCUGUAUUACUACGACGGCCUAGCAAACCAGCAGGAUGAAAUUCGUCUGACAGUCGAUGCAUCGGAAGGAUGUCCAUUGGAAGGAGAGGAUGAUUUAAUUCCCCCAUUGGAGCUGUGCAUCAGGACAAAGUGGAAAGGAGCGUUUGUAGAUUGGAAUGGAACAGAACCCAUCCUGUGACGCGGUGGACCAUGACCUCCAAAGUGAAUUUGGGAACCUGUGCCUCGCAAUUGAAAGGUGUAGGAAUCACGCAGCAGCAACGCCUUCGCUUCUAUAAUGCCACAGAUGAUAUCAGGAGAGGCCUUUAACUUUCUCUGUCGUCGGGUGGCACCUAAUAACACCUCCAUCCAUUAAUUUCCCUCAUUUCCUCUGAUUGUGGACCAGGGUUGGGGAUGGGAGGUGGUGAUUGUAACCCCAAGGCGUCCACUGGGGAAGGUUGUGAACUAGGCACCAGCCUGUCCCACGGAUAAGAUGCCAGAAUAUGAUGCUCCUCAUGGUUAUGCAUCUUAAGUCAUCUAAAUGAUGUCCUGGGAUAGGAAGCCUUCCUGUUUGCCAUCAACUUAAGACUUGCAGUGAAAUGUGGGUGUGUUAAGAACGAUCAGUAGAUUGAGUGGGGUCAUUGGGAAGAGUUAACCUCCUCUGGCAAUGCCUCAAGGUAUGAAGGUGAACACUGCACUGAUACCUUAAUCCAGCUUUCUCUCCAAUGUCACAUUGGACUCAGCAAAUGCAACGUUAAAGUGUUGCACUUGAGUCAAUUAACAUUUUUGAAAUUAGUGAAGUAGGAAUUUGGUCUGAAGCCAAAUUGUCCUGUUGACAUUGUCUCCCCAGGUGUCUCUGAUUUGAUGGGAGAUGAUAGAGUCACAGUUCCUUAAAGUGAUUCAGCAAAAACCCCUUACCUGAUCAGCUACCAUAAUAGUGCUUUUGUGGCUGACUAUAGUAAUGCUUAGCUCAUUCAUUGACUGCUUAGAUCAUGAGCAGCACCUAUGAUUUCCGUCUAUUUGGGUGGAGUUUGUAGAUUAUAAUGUGAACCAUAAAGAGGAGCAGUCAGUACAGACCAACUCCAUUAAAGCAGGAGAGUCUUUCUCGUCAUGCCUUCACUGCUCUGACUAGUGUGGGGGUUGGGGGAUGAUGUACACCUUCUCUUCUGCCGUGAUUCACAGGUAUUUCUUGAGACUGAACGGACAAGGUGGCAAUGAAAGUUGGGGAAAGUGAUGGAGAUGUGGAUGGUAGUUGAGAUGAGAAAGAUCUUGGUGACACAGAUCUGGGAGACCAUAGUGAUGCUGCGGAAAUGGAGAGAGAAGAAACGCUUGUCCAGGUGUCACAUCAAGUGUGAGUGUCAGCUCCCAACACACCAGUAUGGACUAGUGGUAACACCAUACUGAGCAGAUCCCGCUCAGUGCCACCUGCAUUAGACCCAUCCACGUUCUUAAACAGUUGUUGGGUUUAUGGAUCCACCACAGGUAUUUGAAAAGCUACUUCUACUAAUGCAGUGCACCUGAAUGUGAACACAGUUUAGCUGUGAGAAGUUGAUCACUUAACUUAGACCAUUUCCUCCAACAGAGACCAAUUUCUCACUUGUGGUCUUGUAGACAGCAGAGAAAGGGUAACAAAUACAAAUCCCAUAAUUAACUAUGGACUUUGCUGACGAAAUAGCCAAAAGAUCCUAACAUUAUUAUUUUCAUGAAAGCCAGGGAACUUUUGAGAGCAAGGUAUAACUAGUUUUGCAAAUUGUUCCCAUUUACUAGUCAGUUUUUUUGUUCUAUAUCCUUAGUGUCACUGCUUCAAGAAAGUGUCUUUCCCCAUUUUAAGCAAAGAGAGUGUACUGCUGGACACUAUAUAUUGUGGGAUUUAUUUUAUCCUGGUUAUGAACUUAACAUUCAUGAUAUGCAAGUGGAUGUAAAAGAUCCUAUGCACUUCUCGAAAAGUGGUGCCUCUUUAUAACUUGUCUUGGCUGGCAUUCAUUACCAAAAGACAUAGGAACACAUUUAGGCCAUUCGGCCCAAUGAGUCUGCUCUACUAUUUUAUUAUAGCUGAUUUAUUACCCCUCUCAAUCCCAUUCUCCUGCCUUCUCCCCACAGCCUUUGAUACCCUGACUAAUCAAGAACCCAUCAACUUCUAAUUUAAAUAUACUUAUUGACUUGGCCUCCACAACUGUCCGUGGUAAUGAAUUCCACAGAUUCACCACCCUCUGGCUAAAGAAAUUCCUCUUCAUCUCUGUUCUAAUUGGACAUCCCUCUAUUCUGAUACUGUGCCCUCUGGUCCUAGACUUGCCCACUAUAGGAAACAUCCUCACCAUGUCCACUCUAUCUAGGUUUUUCAAUAUUCGAUAGGUUUCAAUGAGAUGCCCUUCAUUCUUUUACAUUCCAGCAAGUACAGGCCUAGGGCCAUCAAAAGUUUCUCAAAGAGGUCUUUUGCACCAAUUUUCUUCCAAUUUAGAAAAUAAUCUAUGCCUCCAUUCC